AUGUUCAUACAGGUGCAGGACACACCGAAUCCAAACAGCAUGAAAUAUUUUCCCGGUAAAGACGUCCUUGGUUCCGGUACCAUGGAUUUCUCCUCAAUCAUCCAUACGGGUUCAUCACAACUUGCUCGCCAACUGUUCUGUAUUGAGGGUGUGGAACGUGUAUUUCUUGGACCAGAUUUCAUCACUAUAACAAAGAAAGAUGAUGUGGACUGGAAGCUCAUUAAGCCCGAAGUUUUUGCUACUAUCAUGGAUUUCUACGCUUCAGGAUUGCCCAUCGUAAAGGAAAUAGAUGGCGACGGAUCUACUCCAGUGGAUGAAGAUGAUGACGAAACUGUUAUAAUGAUAAAGGAAUUACUGGACUCACGAAUUCGUCCAACCGUGCAAGAAGAUGGGGGCGACAUUACUUUUGUGGAGUUCAAAGAUGGCAUUGUUCGGUUGAAAAUGCAAGGUUCUUGUUCUAGUUGUCCGAGUUCGGUAGUCACGUUGAAGCACGGAGUGCAAAAUAUGUUACAAUUCUAUGUGCCUGAGGUGCUCGGAGUGGAACAGGUGGAAGACGAAGCAGAUCUAAUUUCUCGGGAACAAUUCGAGAAAGUUGAAGAAUCCACAAACAAAGCUAAGUGA